CCCUACGCUAGUUCAGACUACUUUGCUGCAAAGACAGUGAAAGUUGCUAACAUUGAGUUUCAGGCAUUCUGAAGGAAGCAACUUUAGGCAGCGGCUAGGCGCAUUAGAGGCAAUCCGGUGGCUCUGGCGCUCUUAUGCCACCAGGGCUCUUGCUGCGGAGUGGCUACGGAGCAGUGCUGUAGGUUCAGCACUGCAGCUUAGGCAGGCAGCAUGCGAGGGGCCGUCACUGGGCGCUGCCGCUCGACUACCGCGCAGCGCAGCGGUGUGGCCCAGCGCGGCAUAGGGCUGCCUCACAGCAGCAAAAGCCUUAGCAGCAGCAAGCUUAGAGCGUCUUGUCGCGGACUAGCCGGCGUAAUACGUAAAAACCGGCGCGCACCGCGAGUCAUCGGAACCUCCAUUAGGAGGACUAAUCUGCUUUUAGCCCGGUCGCAGCAUGCAGCCGGCAGGCCUGCCACCAGGCAGCCUUAACGUGAUUGCCCUGCAGCCCGCAACAGCUCUGAUGCCGCCCACAGCGGGCCCUAACGUGCCAGCCCUCGGGCCGGCGGCUCUGCCAUUGCUGCCCAUGUCUAUGGGCGCCCUACACGAACGACUACAGAGCCACUACUCGGCCUCCACCUCUCUCUCUUCACACCCGCGUCCUGGCAGUGUACACAUGCCAGGCGCGGGGCUGCCGGCUGCAGCCAACGCGGCCGCGCACUUCCCUUCUGUUGGUGUGCCGCAGCAACAGCACACUGCUGCCUGGCCCGCCGGGCCUCCCGGUGCGCCCCCACCGCUGCCUCCACCUCUCGGACCUGCUCCGCCACCGCUCGGGCCCGCUGCCCCGCCGCCACAACUGCACCACCACCAGCACCCUCCACCGCGUCAUCAUCACCACCACCAGAACCACCAACAGCAGCAGCAACCUCAGCAACAGCAGCAGCCACAGCAACGCCUAGUCUGGGAGUUGCGUCCGGACCUGGCGGCGGCUCUUCCACCCGACCUGCCACCCCCCAGCAUCCCCCUGCCACCCCCCGCCGCCCGGCGCCUACCCGAGGACACCCUAGCCGCCUUCUGCCGCCGACUGGAACAAAACAAAGUCUCGCUGGCCAUCGAGGAAGACCAGCUGCGCCGUACCGAGCGCGACCUGCAGGAAGCCAUCGCAGUGUUGCGACGUGCGGAGCAGCUGCCCCGACUGCAAUCCGCGGUUUGGUCGUACUUGGACGAGAAUGACGUCAUAUGCGGGCCGUACAGCCUGCUGCAGUUGACGGCGGUGCUCAAGGGCGCGGCGGCGCAAACGCAUGUGGAGAACAGCGAGACGGGUGAGAGCCUGCGGUUUGUGGACGCGAUCGCCGCCACGCCGCUGCGGAGUUGCGUGUUGGAGCGGAAUGCGCUGCGGGAGCGGGUGGGAGCGCUGGAGGGGCGGGUGGGGCAGCUGCUGGCGGAGGGUCGUGCCAUCUGCCUGGAGAUUCAGGCCGCUGAGUUCGACGCGCUCGCAGAGCGGUUAGCCACGGCUCGCUGGCUGCCCGCCAGCAACCCUGCAGUCGCCGUCGCAGUCGCCACCGACGGCGGCCGCGGUCUCAAUCCCGCCGCCGUACGAUCGCAGCUCAUAGCGGGGUCGCUCGCGCCCGACGAGCCGCUGAUCCCCGCGGCGCUGGCCGCGCUGCCCGUCGCGGCGGCGGCCGCGGCGCUACUGACUCCAGCGACAGAGGUGGUGGCGGAGUGGGAGGGUGCCGUACAUGAAUCCCGGGAGCGUUUUGCGGCGGCGGCGAAUUGCGUCGUACUGCAGGCCGUACAGCUGCCGGCUCAGGACGAUAAAGCGUGGUCGUAUCUUUCCGGCGGCCGACCCGCGGGUCCGUUUUCUUUUUCGGACAUGUCGGCCGGUCUGGCGGAGGGCAAGAUGGAUUCGUACAUGUUGGUAUCAGCAUCCCGCCCGCUGUCGAGAGUAACGGCAGCGCCAAGGGUUUCGACAGGCGGCGCCGAGGAGGCUUCUGCUGCUGCUGCUGCCGCUGAUAGCAGCGGUGACGGCAGCAGCGGGCAGCAGUGGCUGCUGUUAGCAGAGGUAGUACGAUUGUACGGCAAGCAAACGGGAGCUGCUACCGCCGCGGCUGCCGCCACACUGGCACCGGCGCCAUCCUCACCUCCCUCCUCAACCCUCCCUCCCGCGGAUCCCAUGUUUGCACUAGGCGGCGUGCAGCCACCUAUCGCAACCCAACGACGUCCGCACUCGCAGGGACCUUCGCCACCGCCGGGGCCGCCACCGCCGCCGCCGCCGGCGGCGGCAAUGGCGGCGGUGGCUGCAGCCGUGGCAGCCAACGGCAUGCUGGGGCCGGCCGCCGGUAUGAUCGUACCGCCGCCGGCGCUGGCAGCAGCCGCCGCCGCCGCCGCCGCCUCUCAACAUGCCAUGUUGCCGGGCCUGCCGCUACCCGUCCAUGCUCCUGUACCACCGCCGGUCCUCCCACAUGUACCCAUGCAAGGCAUGCUUCCCAACGCCGCUUCCAUGCCGCUGCUGCCUCCCCCAGCCGUGCCACCUGGGAUGGGCUGGAGUGCCGAGGGCGGCAAUAGCAGCAGCAUCAGCGGAGCAGCAGCAGGCGCACAGCCGCUCCUGGCUUCGCAAGGCAGCACGGGCAGCCUGGGAAAGCCGCUUCGUAGCAGCAUGGGCGGCAACAGCAGCGGUGGUUUCGGAGCGUCUAGGAGCGGCUCUGCAGCCGCGCUCGUACCGCCGCCACUGCCGCCGCCGCCGCUGGGUGCGGGAGCUGGUGACGGCGGCGGCUCAUCGCCUCGGCGGCUUCACCAACCGCAGCAGCCACUGCCGCCGCCACCGUCGCUGCCACCCCACCACAACCACCGCAGUAGCAGCGGUUCCAGUAGCGGGAUACCCGCCGCCCCGGUACCGCAACAACAACAGCAGACGCAGCAGCAUCAACAGCAGCAGCAGAAACAGAUGCUGCAGAAGCAGCAGCAACGAGCACCCCACCCGGCGCGUUCCGCCAGUCCACCGCCCUACCCACCACCACCACCACCCACACUGCCGCCGCCGCCGCCUCAGCAGCAACAGCAGCAGCCCCCUCCCCCGCCUCCGCUUCCGCCUGCAGCCGUGCGAGCUCCGUCGCAGCAGCAACUGCCAAAGCGCCCAUCUGCGGUGGCUGGUCCUCCACCCGCACCCCCUCCACCCGCACAGCCUCCGUCACAGCAACCACACCAUCAAUCCCGACCACCACCUCAACAACAACAGCAGCAGCAGCAAGGCAGGUUUGCGGUGCGGCUAGGGUCACAUGCGCAGCCUCCACAGCCGCAACCGUCUCGUCAUCACCGGACCGAUUCUAACCCUCCAGUAGCACCUGCGGCAGCAGCACCUGCUCGUGCAGGCACCGGGUCUACUAUCUCUGAAGCUGCCACUGCUGCCGCUGCAGCAGCAGCACCACCACCACCACCACCUGCACUGCCGCCAUCAAGCACCGCUGCUGUUGUCGCUCCUGCCGAUACUCCGGUUGCCACCGCUUCAACACAUACUUUAACCGCAGCAGUCACCACCACCGCGGCUGCAGCGCCAGCGUUUGAGAAGCAGCAACCACCACCACCACCACCGCAGCAACCACCACCGCCACCCCCAGCUGUGCCCCUCACCGCCCCCAUCGUGCAGCAGGCGCUCCGCAUGACCAAGCUGCAGUUCCUGCAGUACAUGCGGCCGCACCUGCACCGCGUGCUGGCGGACAUGGUGGAGGACGCGUACUGCGAGUUCAGGCUGAAGCGGCUGGCGGCGGCGGAGCGGGAGGAGCAGGGGCAGGAACAGGCGGUGGAGCCUCCCCAGCCUCAGCCUGUGAGGGGGCCAGAUGAUGGCGCGGGCGCUGGAGGGAGCACCAACAUGGGUCAUGGAGGGGCAGCAGCGGCGGCAGUAGCGGAUGCAGCGGAUGCAUUGCCACCAGCCAUGCAGCCGCUGGCAGGGUCGGGCAGGAUUAUGCGUGCAGAGGAGGAGGAGGAGGAUAGGGGCACCGCCGGGAGAGGUGGGGAGGAGCAGCAAGAGGAUGGUGGUGCGGUAAGCGGGCGGAAGGAGGAGGAAGGUGGGGCGUCCGAGCCUGAGGAGGGCGCACCGUUGCAGCAGCCGGCUGGAAAGGAGGAGCAGCAUCAAGCAGAGGAGGAAGGGGACCAGGAAGAGGGGCGGGAAGGAGCGGCUGCGGCUGCUGCGGCCUCGCUGCCGGCGGUAAAGGGGGAGCCUGCGGAGGAGGAGGACGAAGGGCAGCGAGAAGACCUGGUGGGAGGGCAGCAAGCUGGGGAGGGUAAACAGAGCUCGGAAGAGGAGGAGCAGCAGCAGCAGGAGGGAGAGCAGCAGGUGCAGCAGCAGGAGGACGCAGUACAGCACUUGGCUGAGGUGCGGGCCUCCAAGGAGGAGGAACAGCAGGCGGAGGCGAGCUCCCGAGAUCCGGGGCAACAACCCGAGCAGCAGACCCAGCAGCAGCGGCAGGAGGAGCACCAGCAGGAGGAAGGGCAAGUCCAGUUGCCGCAGCGGAAUCCCAAGGCAGAGGAGCAGCAGGAGGAAGAGGCUGCUGCUACUUUUCCGGCAGCAGCUGCAGAAGAAGCCUCCGGCCCCGCAGCAGCGCUACCAGUGACGGCUGAUGCUGCUGCCGCGGCUGCCCAUGCAGCACCAGCUGCUGCUGCUGCGCCAGCGGCAGAUGACACCUCCUCCCCCAGCUCAGCCACCCCUCCUCGCUCCCCCAAGUCACGACGCGAACCCAGGGCGCGAACCCUACGCCGCAAUCGGCUGGCCAGCGAGGUAUCCCCCUCACCAUCAACCGGCCCCGGCGCUGGCUCGUCCCCUGCUGCUGCCACUACCACUGCUGCUGUGGCACCUGUGCAGUCAUCCGAGGCUAUCCCGGCAACCAGCGCACCCCCUGCUGCUGCUGCUGCUGCGACUGCAGCCCCCCCAAGCGCCGCAGCAGGCAGCAGCAGCAGCAGCCCCGACGCAGCCACCCUGACCAUGGCGCAUGAGCUGCUAGAUGAGAUGCUGGCGCUGGCUCACCUGAUUGUGGAGGCGCAGACCUACACCGUGGCGCCCCGUGCGACACGGAGUCGCCGUCAGGGAGGCGCAGCGGGGCCUGCAGCCGCCGCAGCCACCACCUCGCCUUCCGUCUCGGGGGCUGCUACUGCUGCAGCGUCGGGUUCGGAGCGAAAACGGGACCGCCGAGAGGCGGCGGCCGCUGCAGCGGCGGCUGCGCCGCCGUCGGCUAAGCGGCAGCGGCAGGGCACGAAGGCGGAAAAGGCGAGCGGCGGUGGAGAGCCAGGCGCGUCGCCAGCGGUUGCGGAGCAGCGGAGGAAGAAGGAGGCGUCAACAGCGGCGGCGGCGACAGCUGCUGAGGAUCCUGGUUCUCCUGCUAGUGGUGGCGGCGGAAGCCGUAAGAAGGCUCGAACUCGGGAACGGGCUCCGCCGGCGGAGGCAGCGGCAACGACCACUAGUAAACCGGAUUCCGCGCAUGGCUCUGACGGAGACGCAGCGGCGGCGGCAGAGGGAAGCGGCGGAACCAAAGCAGAACCCGAGGCAGCCACGCAGGACGACGCAGCGGAGGCGGCGGCGGAUGCGGAGGCUCAGCCGGCGUCUCCAAGCUCUGGUAGGCAACGGAAGGGGGGUCGAGAUCGCCGAGCGAAACGCUCGCGUCGUGAAGGACCCACCAGCGAUGCCGGACCCCGCGCUGGCGGAGGUACGGCGGAGGCGGUGCCGGAUGGGCCGGCGGGCGCGGUGAAGAAGGAGGCGGCUGAUGACGGCGAGGAGGAGCCAGGGGCCGGGGCAUCGCAGAAAGUUAAGCUGGAGCCGCCGGCGCAUGGUGACCGCGGUGGUGAUACCGGCGGUGACGUCGGCGGCGGGGACAGCACAACUGGCGGAGGUGCUCACACCGCCGACAACACCGCCGACAACACAGCCGACAACACAGCCGCUGUGGCUGCAGAAGCCGGUGAGGAGGAUGUCAAGCCGUCACCUGCCGACGCCGCUGAAGGAACCGUCGUCGCAGACGCCGAUGCAGCUGCUGCUGCUGCUGCGGAGGAGGAGGAGCCCUCGCGGAAGCCGGUGCGGGCUCCUCGCUACCGAGGCAUCUCCGCGAAAGAGCUCCGGUCGCUUGCCCAGGGAGGGCCGGGUAUCGCCGCCUUUGGAGGCAGCGGUGUGGGCGAUGCAGCCGGCGGCGGCGGCGGUGGCGACGUGGCGGCGGCGGCGCUGGGACGCCGUACACGGUCCGCGGCGGCGGCGGCCGCCGUUAACGCCGUCGCCACGAUGGCGGCGGAGACGCUGGCGUCUUUGCAUGGCGCCGCCGCCGCUGCUGAUGCGGCGCCAGCGGGGCCAGCCGCCACUGCUGCCGCCACCGAGGCGGCAGCAGCCGCGUCUCCGUCAUCGCCCUUGCCGCCGCCGAACGGUGUCACGUCUGCUGCGGCGCCAACGCGACGGAGAAACAGGGAACGGCCGCGGGAGCGCAGUCGUAGCGGCGCUGCCGCCGCCGCCGCUACUCGGUCCGCCUCAGCUGCAGAUGAAUCCCAGCUGCAUCACUACAGCCCGACCCGUGGGUCGUCCGAGGCGGCCGCGGACCCCGACGCAGAUACCCUUGACAGCCCCUUCUUCAACGCCGGCGGCGGCGGCGGCGGUGGCGGCGCCAGCGGCGGCAGCCAUAAGCGCUCCCUGGCAUCUCUCCGCAGCCAUCAGUCCCUAGACAGUUUGGCAGCGGAGGCCGAGCUAGCGUCCUGGCAGGCCGCCACCGCCGCCGGCAGGGCGAGUCGCCGAGGCAGCGACAGCGGUCGGCGGCCGCCCAGCCGCACCAGCAGCUGCACUCAGGAGCACCUAGAGGGGUGGCACAGCGCCAUCUUCCCGGGGGAGCCGUACGGCAAGGCCAUGCGGCAUGACAGUCUUACCAUGUUGCUGGAAGCGAGCCUCAUGACGUUUGGGCAUGUGGCAGCCUCGGCUGGCGGCGGAGGUGAUGCUGCUGGGGGUGGUGCCGGCGGCGGAAGUGGCUGGACGUCUGCACAGGCGUCGGAGGCGGUUGGUGUUGCUUCUGGAACGGCGGCGGCAGCGGCAGCAGCAGCUGAUAAUGGCGGCAGUAGCAUGGCUGACGAUGACAACGGUGGUGGUGGUGAGGAUUACAGGCGUGCCGCUCCCAGCCUUCCCAAACACGCGAGAGGACCCCGCAGCGCUCGAUCUGGCGGCGGCAGGCGCGCCACAGGUGCCGGCAGCGGCGGCGGCGGUAGCAGGGGGGUCCUGGCUGCCGUUCUGGACGACCCGCAGUACAGCCACCAGCGACAGCGUCAGCAGCAGCAGCAUGCGCAGCCUGCUGGAUUGCAGGUCGUGCUUCCGGAAGGAGGUGCAGCUGCUGCUCCCACAGCUCGCCGCCGCCGCCAGCCGCCCCAAGGCAACGGCAACCUCACCUCCCUCAGCGAUGUGACAACGGCCGACGAUGCGGUAGCCGCGGCAGCAACCGCCGCCGCUGCGACUUGGAUGAUGUACGACGGGGCCGUGCUGGGUGCCCCCGGCGUGGGAAUCCCCAUGCAGGCGCUGUUGCUAGCCAUGGCUGGCGCUGGCGGCGGCGCUGCCUCGGGUAUCGGCGGCAUCGGCGCAACGACGGCUGCUGCUGCUGCUGCGGUUGCUGCUGCUAACGCUGCUGGAGCAGGGUCCCGUGGUACGACUCGUAACGGCCGACGUAACGGCGCCACGUCACCGGCUCUACCACACCAGCAGCAGCAGCCGUUUGAAAUUCUGAUGGCCGCAACCGCAGCGGUUGAAAACGAGCGCAGCAGCAGGAGACCCCUGGGGAGUCGCCGCCCCAGCCCGAUGCCCAUCGCUGGACGUGGCGAGGAUGCCGCGGCGACAACAGCAGCUGCUGCUGCCGGCAGACAGCGCACGCUUACACCGCCUGCGCCUAAUACUCCCCACGACCCAGCUGCCGCUGCUGCUUCGGAGGACAGCGCCGCGCGUGUGCGCCAUCAGCAGCAACAACACCAGCAGCGGCAACAGCAACGAGCCUCAGCGCUAGGGCUGUUGAACAGCCAAGCUGGCGGCUGCAGUCGAGGCCUGCCGCUGCCCGCGGUUCAAGCCCUCAAGCGCUCCUCCCUCAACACCUCCCUCAACGGCACUGGACUUGCUGCUACUGCCGCACCUACCGCUCGGCCGUUGUUAGCCGGCGGCGGCGGCGGCAACAGCUCCCCCGCGCCACAUGCGAACCGUCGCGCCCGACCCGCCGCCAGUGACGCCCGCUUUCUCACAAUGGCGGCGGCUGGCGGCGCGGCCGCCGCGGCGGCGGCGAGUGGCGUCGGCGGCGGCGGUGGCCCGAACGGCGGCGCGGACGCUCAGCAGGUGAUGGAGCUUACCAAAUGGCGGCUGCUGGCGGCGCGAGCCAAGCAGCUCAAGUUUGGGAGGAGCCGUAUUGCGGGCUGGGGAUUAUAUGCGGUGGAGCCUAUUGAGCCCAACGAGUUCGUUAUCGAGUACUGCGGCGAGCUGAUCCGCAAGCCUUUGGACGAUGUACGGCAGCGGCGGUACGACGCGGGUGGCUACGCGGACUACAUGUUCGCACUGGAUGAUGCCUGGGUGGUGGAUGCGACCUUGGCGGGCAACGCCGCCCGCUUCAUUAACCACUCGUGCGACCCCAAUUGCGCGGCUCGAGUGGUGGAGGUGGGCGGGGCGCGCAAGAUCGCCAUCUACACGCUGAGGCGGGUGGAGGCGGGCCAGGAGCUGUCGUACGACUACAAGCUGUCCUGCAUGCCGGGUGCGGAGCGGAUACCCUGCGGCUGCGGAGCACGCAACUGCAAGGGCUUCAUGAACUGAACUGGCGUGCUAGCGGGGGCGGGCUAGCUAGCUAGCUAACAAGCGGGGGAGAUGAGCUAAGGAUUGCGGGGGCUGAUACUCCACUGGCGGUGCCUCAUACAGAUAUGAUGUUACUUGCAUGAUGCGGCUUGGGUGCCCACCGGCGGGACUGCAAAGGGGUUACCACGCGCUAAGCUUUUUAUGAACUGCUGGGCUGAGGGCCUAGAUUAGGUGGGCGGAUGCAGCUGGUGUGUGGCUGUUUAAGUGGGUCGGUCCCGUUCACUUCGCUGGCUGGGGGUGCCAUCCGGAGGAAAGCGAAGGUCGAGGUUUGGUAUUGUGCCUUGCUUGGCAACAGCGUCUUUUGCUUGGGGAGGGAAGAACAAGUGGAGAGACGCGCUUGCAGCAUGGGAAGGAAUGGCAAGGGGCUUCUAUUGCAUGGUGGCACUGUGGCGCAAAUCCAAACGACCGGCACAUUUCACAACAAAACGUUACUGAGCUUACUAAACGGUGCGGUUGGGAAUGUAUUGUGUGGAUGGGUGUGCUACGUGCCACUACGUGCUGGUGUCCUCUUUUCAGUGGAAUUGCAUGCUCUGGAUGAGGCGGGUUAGCAUGACUGAAAUGGCAGGUUGGGAGAGCUGGGCGUGAGUCGGGGGUUGUGUAUGUGUGCGUCCGUGCGCGUGUUAAGAAAACUGGCUGCGAGUGUUCUUCCAACUGAACUGAGCCCCGUGCGUGCGGGUACCGUUGCAGCGUAUUGCAUACCGGGCUGCGCAGCGGGGCUGCCUGCAUGCUUGUGCCGCCGUUGUUUUGCGUGUGGGUGCAUGUGCACGUACGGCUACGGCUGCUGCUGCGCCCUGGUUUUCGGCAAACGGGCUGGGAAACCGGAUAUAGCCACCGGUUUUACCCUAGAACAAUAUGGACAGAGCAGGGGAGCCUAAACAGGGUGUUCAUGCUUCCGCUGCUGCUGUGCAGCUUUGCCACUAUGAUGCAGUGGUGGUGAUGUGUGGGCAUUUAGAUUUGUUCUAGCAUGUGGAUGUGCCGGAGAAUUGGUGUCAUUCCGCUAGAACGCUGGCUCAAAGGCUGCUUGCGUUGCAUGCGAUACAACGAACGCGCUUCAUAACUUCAUUCCAUGCGCAGCCAUGCGGCUAAUGUGCGGUGCAGCUUUGCAUUGGAAUGAGUCCAGGACAUCAAAACCACUGGGAUGUAAAUGGCUGCGGUGC